AUGGGACAAAAGGCCAUCGGCCACAAUGAUCUCUUUAUUCCUAGCCCCCACAAUCCCGUUCCGUAUAAGGAGCCGUUUGAAUGGGAUGAGAAGGUCUACUACUACGAGAAAACUUUGGGGAUGAUAACAUUGAAAUUGUGCUUGGCCUUACCCGCAAAGAGCAUCCUGGCCUGCGCAUUGACCUCGAUAUCUCUGACUCGCAAUGACCGAGGGGACGGUGAGACCUUGACUCUCGAGGACACUGCGGAGCACUAUCACCGGCGCCAUAAUGACUCUAAAGCCACGAAUCCCAACUUCAGGUUCGGUAAUAAUGGAGCCAUCUGCUCUCUUGCCCAGUACGCCAAUAUGUUUGGCAUGCUGGGUCGAUAUGGCAAGAAUGGACCGGGCACCUUGCACGUCGAGGAUGUGAAAAAGUUUUAUCUCGACGAGGACUGGCCGAAGGACUACUGGAGGAGAUAG